GGCUGGUUCCCUAAAGGUUCCUGAACUCUCCAUUCUUCCCUUCCCUUCCCACUGAGGGUGCUUGAUACUGAAAAGCGGGUUAACAUGUCGGACUUUGAGCUUGAAGAUCUUCGGAGCACCUUCCCCUCCUAUAUGGCGGAGGGCGAGCGCCUCUACUUAUGCGGGGAAUACCAGAAGGCGGCUCUCAGCUUCACUAAAGCUCUUCGCCUUCAGAUGGGUGACCGGAACUGCCUGGUUGCUCGAUCUAAGUGCUAUCUGAAGUUGGGAGAUUUGGAGAAUUCCCUGAAGGACGUUGAAGAAUCUCUCAAAAAUGACCAGACUUUCUGCAAGGGAAUUUUCCAAAAGGCUGAAACCCUGUAUACUAUGGGAGACUUUGAGUUUGCCUUGGUGUACUAUCACAGAGGCUACAAGCUUCGUCCUGAGCGGGAAUUCAAAGUCGGGAUUCAGAAAGCUCAGGAAGCCAUUAACAACUCAGUAGGAAGUCCUUCCUCGAUUAAGUUGGAGAACAAAGGGGACCUCUUCUUUUUAAGCAAACAGGCAGAGAGUAUGAAAGCUCAACAGAAGACUCCCACGAGGCAACUCUGGAAAGACAGUAAGGCAGAAAGUAAACGGAAGAGCACACUGAAGAGUGAGAAGACUGUUCGACAGCUGCUAGGGGAGCUAUAUGUGGACAAGGAAUAUCUGGAAAAGCUCCUGAAGGACGAAGACCUGAUCAAAGGCACUAUCAAGCGUGGAAUGACUGUGGAGGACUUGAUCAUGACUGGCAUCAAUUACCUAGACACUCGGACUGACUUCUGGAGGCAGCAGAAGCCAAUCUAUGCUCGGGAGCGGGACCGGAAGCUUAUGCAAGAGAAGUGGGUCCGAGAUCGGAAGCGCCGCCCCUCUGAGACUGCCCGCUAUAUUCUCAAGAGCCUGGAGGAAAUUGACAUGUUACUUACCAGUGGGAGUGCUGAGGGGAGCUGCCAGAAAGCGGAGAAGGUGCUGAAGAAGGUGAUGGAGUGGGACAAGGAAGAAGUGCCCAACAAAGAUGAACUGCUUGGAAAUUUAUAUAGCUGCAUUGGGAACGCGCAGAUUGAGAUGGGGCACAUGGCAGCCGCGCUGCAGAGCCAUCAGAAAGAUUUGGAGAUCGCCCGCAAAUUUGAACUGCCUGAUGCCAAAUCUCGAGCCCUGGAUAACAUUGGCAGGGUCUUUGCAAGAGUUGGGAAAUUCCAGCAAGCCAUUGACACGUGGGAGGAGAAGAUCCCGCUUGCAAAAACCAGUCUGGAGAAGACUUGGCUGUUCCAUGAGAUCGGCCGUUGCUACCUGGAACUAAACCGGCCUUGGGAAGCUCAGGAGUAUGGGGAGAAGUCCCAGGUGUGCGCUGAAGAGGAGGGUGAUGUCGAGUGGCAGCUCAAUGCCAGUGUUCUGGUGGCCCAGGCACAAGUUAAGCUGAAGGACUACGAGGCUGCAGUGAGCAACUUUGAAAAAGCCUUGGAGAGGGCAAAGCUUGUCCACAACAAUGAGGCCCAAAAUGCCAUCAUCAGUGCUUUGGACGACGCCAACAAGGGCAUCAUUGAAGAACUGAGAGCGACACGAAACUCUGAGAAUGUCAAAGACAAGAAAGACAAAGAUGAACUAUAUGAAGAACACGAGGUUGGAAAAAAUGAGAAGAAAGAAAAGGGGGACAUGGAUGACUCAGAAAGAGAGAGGGGUGGGAGAGAUGGAAAGAAGGUAAAAAUGGCAGAGGAAACAAAAAGAGAGAUUGAGAAACAGGGCAGGGAAAGGCAAGGGAUGAAGAGGGAGGAAAUUGAACAAGAGGAGGAUGAAGAGGAAGAAGAGGAUUAUGAUGAGGAAGACAGGGAAGAAGAAACUGAAGGUGAAAAUGCUGAAUAAGAUGAAUAGUAUGCACUUGAGUGUUGGGGGUUGGAAGGAAACAUUUUAGAUCCUAGGGACUCCCUUUUUAAUGGAUUCUAAUUUGAAGAUGAGCAUUUCAAAGGAAAAGGAGGGUUAUGUGAAGCUGAGGAUUGCUUUCCACUGAUUAGGCUCUUCUCCUGCCCUUCAUUUAUUACUCUUCAAAUACAUAUUUUCCCUCUUACUUUGGAUUUUUAAUCACGUUUUUUCCUACUUUCAUUCCCAGAAGAGACCCUGGGAAUGAAAUUACUAGCAUUGGUUUAGGGUACUGCAAUGCUCAUCCUGGUCAGUGGAGUGUUAGGAACCUCAAAAUGAACGGAGAGACCCUGCCCAAAAGCUAAGGGGAGUAACCCAAGGGGGAUCCUGAGGGCUUGGUCUUUUAUAGUCAUCAAUUCUGCCACCAAACACUUAUGUAUCUAUUGUGUAUAAAGCACUGUGCUUGGCACAAGAGAUGCAAAUACAAACAUGAACUAGCUUCCUUUUCCUCUCUACUGGAGGAAAUAUCAUAUGGACUAGAGAAGGAAAUACCAGGUAACAACUUUGGAGGUCCAGGAAGGCUUCAGAGAGUAGGUACCUGGUAUCUGGGCUGAGCCUUUAAGAAAUGAGUGUCAGGGGUGAGGAGGGACUCCAUGAGGGGAAUGCUGAACAUACAGUUUAUUUCAAUUUUAGCAAACCAUUUGACAGAGUCUCCUAUGCUAUUCUUGUGAAGAAAAUAGAGAGCUAGGGCAGUUAGCUGUGGAAAUGUUUGGAUGGCCAGACCCAAAGACACAUUCAAAGCUGGGCCUUGGGGAUUUGUGCUAGGCCAGUGCUGUCUAAAAUGUUUAUAAGUGGCUUGGAUAAAGAUAUUGGUGGCAUGUUUACCAAAUGGGCAGAGAGUCCAAAGCUUGAAGAUAAAGUUGACCCACUGCAUAACAGAGUCACAAUCCAAAAAGAUCUUGACUGGGUAGGACACUGGGUUGGAUAUGAUAAGAUAAAAUAUAAUAGAGAUGACCAUAAAGACAUAUAUUUGUGUAUUAAAAAAAUCCCCUUCACAAGUACAAGAUGGGGGUGGGGAGAGGAAUUGAGGAGGCAAGGCUAGAUAGCAAUUCACUUGAAAAAGAAAUGGGAAUGUUAGUGGAUUGUAAGUUCAAAAUGUCAAAAUGUGCUAUGGUAGCCUAAAACCAAGUUAAUUCUUAUACUGCCUUAAGAGAGGCAUAGCGAUCAUCCACACUGGGGCAGAACCCACUUUACUCAGCUUUUGUCCUCAGACACCUGGAGUGAUAUGUUCAGUUUUGGGGACCACAGUUUAGAAAGGACAUUGAUAAGCUAGAGGGUGUCUAGAGGAGAGCAGUAAAGAUGAUGAGUCUGAGAUCAUGGCAAGAGAGGAUUAAUUGAAGGAAAUAAGGAAGUUUACUGUGAAGAGAAGACAGGGUAGACUGACUGCUUUCAAGCCUUUGCUAGACUGGCAUAUGAAAGAGGGCUUAGACAUUGCUUGACCCCUGAGGACAGAUAUAGCAGCAAUAGAUAGAAGUUGGAAAGAACUGAGUUUAGGCUUGAGAUGAUUAAAAAAACCACCUGCCUUAAAAUCAGAAUGAUACAAAAGUAGAAUGGACUGCCUCAAAGAUGUGGUAGGUUUCCCCUCACUAGAGGUCUUCAGGCAAAGGCUGAUGGGCUACUUUGGGGGUAUGUUGUAGGAGGGGUUCCAGAUCACAUAGAACUUGGACUUUGGUAACCUGAAAAUUUUUGAGCAUGAGAAGAAAACGGUCAGACUUGUGCCUUAGGAAAAUAAUUCUGGCAGCUUUGUGGAGGAUAAAUCAAAAAAGGGGAGAGGCUAAAGAUGAGGGGGAAAAUUGGGGGCUAAUGAUGAAUGCCUAAAAAAGAAUAGUGGCUUUGUGCUUGCAGAGAGAGGCGUGGAUGGGAGACGUGGAUAAGAUCUGGCAAAUGACUGGAUCUGAGUAGUAAGGGAAAGGAAAGAAUCAAGGAUGGGUAAUCAGAAGGAGGGCAGGGCCUUCUAUGAAAAUUGGACAUCGUGGAGGGGAGGCAAAUUUAGAGGGGAGAGUAAUGAACUGUACUUUGGAUAUUUGAAUUUAAGAUGCUGAUGAGAUAUCCAGAUAAAGAUGUCCAUCGAGCAUUUGGAGACACAAGCCUGGAGUUCAGGAGACAGGGAUGUGUGUGUGUGUGUGUGUGUGUGUGUAUCUUUAUAUAUAUAUAUAUAUAUAUGUACAUAUGUGCAUAUAUUAUGUAUAUGUAUACAUAUGAGGCACAAUUGUGUAGAUAUGAAAAUUUGACUUUUGAGUGUGAUUGACAUCACAUAGAAUACAUAGAGAGAAGAGCAAAGAUGGAGCCUUGAGGAACACUCAUGCUUUAGGGAUAGGAGCUGGAUGAUCUAGAAAGUAAGAUGGAAAGAAGAGCAGCUAGACAAGAGAAGAACAGUGUCCUAGAAGCUAUGGGAAGAGAGAAUAUCCAGAGAUAGUUGUAGACAGUGUCAGAAGCUUCAAAGGGGAAAAAAACCUCCAAACCCCAAAGCAAACAAAAACUAAAAAAGGUCCCUGCAAGACCUAGCACCCCUUGCUUUGGUCACCAAAAAAUGUAUUAUUACACACUAAGGUUAAUCCUUUCUACUUGUGCCCUUGAUUUCAUUUCCUCUGGCCAUUUCCAUGACCCUUGCUCCAGCAAUUAUUCUUGCUAAUAAAACUGCAACCUUUCCCUUGCCACUGAGUCGGUCCCAUCUACCAACAAACACUCUCUGGUUUUCCUAGUUCUAAAACAACUCCUCCUAUUUCCCCCCCACCAAAAAAAAAGCCAACUUCAAAAACAAUUCAGCAAACCUUCCUUUAACCCAGGUUUCAUCUGGGGUCAGUGAAUUUACAUUAAUAUCUAUACCAACCUCUCUAGAUACAUAUACAUCUAUGUAUAGUAUGUAUAUUAAAUACAUGUAUAUAUAAUUUUAUUACUGGUUUCCCUUUGUAAUCCUAUGUAUUUUAUGCAUUUAAAAACAUGAUUCUGAGAAUGAAGCAUUAGACUUCGCCAGCCUGCCAAAGGGGUCCGAAACACAAAAAUGGUUAAGAAUUCCUUCUUUGACCCUUCUAGCCCAUUCAGUUACAGUCCUGUGUCUCACUUCCCCUUCACUGUUAAACUCUUGGAAACAGUUAUUUAUGCCCCACACCACUACUUCCUUUAAUCACUUGCCUUCUGCCUCCCAGAAUUCAUUCCCCUCAACAGCACUCUGAUGAACCUGCUCUCUCACCUAUUGGAAAUUGACUGGAUAUGAGUAGAGAGGGAAAGGGAUUUAUUGAUCUCUGCAUUUUUGGUGUCUGAGGCUGGAUUUGAACUCAGGUCCUCCUGAAUCCAGGGCUGGUGCAUUAUCCACUGUGCCACCUAGCUGCCCUCAAUCUCUGCCUUUUUAAAGGUAGUUGUUCAUGCCUCUUAAUCGAUAUUCUUGCCUCACCAUGAUAAUAGCUAGUGUUUAUUUAUUUAUUUAUUUAUUUUGCUGGGCAAUUGGGGUUAAGUGAUUUGCCCAGGGUCACACAGCUAGUAAGUGUUAAGUGUCUGAGGCCGGAUUUGAACUCAGGUCCUCCUGAAUCCAGGGCCGGUGCUCUAUCCACUACGCCACCUAGCUGCCCCCAAUAGCUAGCGUUUAUAUUGCCCAUUAAGGUUUGCCCAAAGCUUUACACAUUAUCUCAUUUUAUCCUCACAACAACCAUGUGAGGUAUGCGCUAUUAUUAUUAUUGCCAU